AUGAGUCUGCCCAACAAGGAGAGACUACAGGAUGCCGUAGCCUUUCUAAAAUCACUCGACCUGUCAGACCUCCUUCGAGAAGCAGAUAGAGUAGCCCGUGAGCGAGGCGAAAAGAGCGCGAAAAAGGCGAGAACAACACAAAGUCAGGCUCAUCCCCAGCCCCAGCAACCCGCCUCGGAGGCUCUCCCUCCUGUGUCCUACAACAGUCAAGCUACUCCUCAGCUCCUCCGUGUCUCGCUGGAGUCGCUACAUGCUCUUCCCCGAGCCAAGGCCGCAACCGUCCUCCAUGCUUCGCCAGUUGAUCCAACCGGCAGACUUUAUCCAUUCUGCGUGAUGCUGCGAGACAAGUUCAUCGAGGCGGGAUUCGUGCUCAACGAGUCCAAGAAUGAGAUGCCCAAUAAGCCGAGUGACUCGGCAGUUGCCGCGAGCCCCAGCCCAUCCUCCCAAUGCAAAUAUAUGCCAGGCGACGACAAGCCCACCCUCAAAGAGCAGCCAGGAUCCCCAGCGGAAAAGAGCAAAUCCGAGCUUACUGCCUGGCACACACACGCUGACCCAUACACCGCUGCUCUUGCCCGUAAACCGAAACCACGUCCCCUGCUUCUGCAUGCGACGCUGGUAAACACAAUCUACGUGCGAGGUCGAUCAAAGCCAAAGAACCGGAACGGCAAGAACGGGCAAAAUGGUUCCAAACGCCUUGAAUUCGAUGCGCGGGACAUCCUCCAAAGGUAUAGGAACUACUUCGUUGACCAGGCUCGAACAAUAGCCGCCGAUGAUUCGCGCACAGAGGUCACCACUUCCGUGCUGGAGAUAUCCUCUUCUGCCGAGACAAGACUCACAUCUUCCCAGGGCGUGGAAUGUGUCUCUGAUACUGGUCCAUUGACACCGAUUUCGCAGCCACUUUACCCUUUUGUAUGGGCGAGGGAUAUUCCGAUCGACUCGGUGUGUAUCUGUGAGAUGGGAGCAAAGAAGCUUGAGAUUGGCGGUGGGGAUGACGAUGGUUUGAAUGCACGUCUGGGCGAAAAUUAUACUGUCGUCGCGGAGCAAAAGAUUGAGUUGGAUUUGUAG